AGCAACUUCUCUAAUGGCAUGACCUGGCCCAUUCUUUAAAAGUACUAUAGCCGACCAUAGCUUAACCUCGAAGCAACCUAUUCUUUUUUUAACUAACUCAUCAUGGACAAGCUUAUUUAGACCCAAGAGUGUCUAUAUAAUGCAAGUUCUACUCCCUCAAAACAUCUAAAUUGUUUGAUCUCUUUCAUCAAGCUCUGUGAAAUUGCUGUAUCAGAGUGAUCUUUUUUUGCUUUUGGAGAAUCAGUUAAAUUGUAACAAUGGGACCUGGUGGGCCUGGAGGUGGAGGUGGAGGAGGAGGAGGAGGACCUGGUUGGGGGCCUCCUGGUGGAGGACCUGGAGGAGGGCCUGGUUGGGGACCUCCUGGGGGAGGACCUGGAUGGGGACCUGGUUAUGGACCUUGUGGCUGCAUUCAACAAUGUCUCUACUUUCUGUGCUGCUGCUGCCUGCUUCAAGAAUGCUGUGCGUUUUGCUGUCCACCUUUUGGAGGGCCUCCACGCUGAACAAAAGUUUCUUGCAUCUGAUAUGCAUUUAGCAAUUGUGGUUUAUGUUAAGUAAGCUCCAAAUAAAUAAAUAAAUAAUAUAAGAGUCGUAUAUCUUGACAUUUUCAUAGUAAAGAUCUUUUUUUGGCCUUCCAAUUCCAAUCGAAUGUUCUCGAUGGGCAAUUGUAGUUUGAUGUAAUGUUUUUCCUUUCUUACAAAUAAAUAAAUUUUUUUUCUAAAUCUCA